GCCACCCGUACUGAUCUCGUUUAACUGAUUCAACGGUCGUUACCGUGAGGAUUUUCCACUUGGGUUACUCCGAUGCUUGCUGUCGCGCCUCCGGUGAAACUCUAGCCAGGAUGGGUGGUGUCCGAUCUGCCUCCGCUCCUCACGAGGUAAAGUCCACUGGCCGAGAACACACAUCGGCCUGAGGUCCUCAGGCUUACAUGCUCACCUGUUCUCACAGCACAUUAUGAACUCCCUCGGAAAAACAGUAAUAUUCUAGAAAACUAGUUUAUUUCUCCCCCCGGAGUGUCUCAUCUGUGAAGGAUCCCUUUGCUGAACACCACGUCAAAGGGACCUGCGCCAUGCUGAGGGCAGGGAAGGCGCCACCCUACACCCAGGCCCUGGAUGGAGGUUGGGGAUGGAUGAUUGUGCUUCACUUCUUCCUGGUCAACAUGUUUGUUUUGGGGAUGACCAAGACUUUCGCAAUUUUCUUUGUGGUUUUUCAAGAAGAAUUUGAAGGCACCUCAGAGCAAACUAGUUGGAUCGGCUCCAUCAUGUCAUCACUCAGCUUUUCUGCAGGCCCCCUGGUUGCCAUUAUCUGUGACGUAUUUGGCGAGAAGACUGCCUCCCUGCUCGGGGCCUUCCUCGUUUCUGGUGGAUACGUGAUCAGCAGCUGGGCCACGAGCAUCCCCUUUCUUUGUGUGACUAUGGGAGUUUUACCUGGUUUGGGUUCCGCUUUCCUGUACCAAGGAGCAAUGGUGGUAAUGAGCAAAUACUUCAAAAAACGAUUAGGGCUUUCUACAGCUAUUGCCCGUUCGGGGAUGGGACUGACAUUUCUCUUGGCACCUUUUGCAAAAGUCCUCAUAGAUCUGUAUGACUGGACAGGUAUCACUGAGGCAGUCAGUCAGGUUCUCUCUGGAUGGAUUGCUGAUCAAAACUGGACCAGCAAGUACCAUUACCACAAGUUUUACCUCGCACUCUGCGGCAUCACUAACCUGCUUGCUCCGUUAGCCACCACCUUCCCGCUACUGAUGACCUAUACCGUCGUCUUUGCCAUUUUCUCUGGUGGUUACCUGGCAUUGAUACUUCCUGUUCUGGUUGACCUGUGUGGGAAUUCUGCAGUACACAGGUUUAUGGGACUUUCCAGUUUCUUCGCUGGGAUAGCUGUCCUUUCUGGACCACCGAUAGCAGGCUGGUUAUAUGACUACACCCAGACAUACGCAGGCUCCUUCUACUUCUCUGGCACGUGCUUCCUCCUCUCUUCACUUUCCCUUUUCUUUGUACCACUGGCUGAGAGAUGGAAAAGCAGAGUCUGACCGGAAGGAGAGAGGACUGCAAUCAAGUGCAAGCUUAACAAAAGAAAAGCCUUAGAAACAAAAGAAAACUCACAGGAAUAUGUUACCGGACACAAAAUUUCAGAAGAACAGUUUCCUCAUUUGUAAAAUAAAAAGGCAAAACAAACAGUUUUUAAGUUCCCUUUUCCUUUGCAAUUCCUAAGAAUAAAUUGGUGGUAAGAGAGGGGUAGUAGCAUCUGAAAGCAUGCCAUUUGCUAGUACUUAAUAGGUUAUCAUUUUAAUCAGUUAAAGCAGCCACCUUAGUUAUUAAAUGAAAAUCAGAAUGUAACUGUAAUAAUAACCAAACUCUCAAUUGUGCGUGGUAAUUCAGUCAAUAAAAUAA